AUGGCGGCCUUCGCUCGCUUGCUGGGGCGUCUCCUCCGGCCAAACAGCGAGGAAGAGGAGAAGGAGGAGCAAGAUGGGUGCCCGGCCCCAGGCGGGUGUCCAUCUCUGCUGGCCGCCCCGCGGUGCGUGCAGUGGCCGCACGGGGGAGCGUCGGGAGACCUGCGCUUCGGCGCCAGUGCGGUGCAAGGCUGGCGCGCGCGCAUGGAGGACGCGCACUGCGCUCGUCUGGAGUUGCCCGGGCUGCCCUCGGGAUGGGCAUUCUUCGCCGUCUUCGACGGCCACGGCGGGGCACGGGCUGCCCGCUUCUGCGCGCGUCGCCUGCCGGCCCACGUGCUCGAGGCGCUGGGUCCGGAGCCCCGCGAGCCACAGGGUGUCCGCGCCGCGCUGCGCUGCGCCUUCCUGAGCGCCGACGAGCGCCUGCGUGCACUCUGGCCCGGCGGUGAGCCCGGAGGCUCCACAGCCGUGGCGUUGCUCGUGUCCCCGACUUUCCUGUACCUGGCACACUGCGGGGACUCCCGUGCCGUGCUGCGCCGGUCCGGCACCAUGGCCUUCAGCACCGAUGACCACCGACCUCUUCGGCCCCGAGAACGCGAGCGCAUCCAUGACGCAGGCGGCACCAUCCGCGGUCAGCGAGUCCAGGGCUCUCUGGCCGUGUCGCGAGCAUUGGGGGACUUUGCCUUCAAGGAGGCUCUGGGACGCCCUCCCGAGCAGCAGCUCUUGUCGGCGGAGCCCGAGGUGGCCGCCCUGGAACACCUAGCCCAGGAUGAGUUCGUGUUCUUGGCCUCGGAUGGCGUUUGGGACGCGGUGUCUGGCACGGCUCUGUCCGAGUUGGUGGCCUCGCGCCUCCGGCUGGGCCUGGCCCCAGAGCUUCUCUGCGCGCAGGUGUUGGACACGUGCCUGUGCAAGGGCAGCCUGGACAACAUGACUUGCAUCUUGGUCUGCUUUCCGGGGGCCCCCAGGCCUACGGAGGAGGCCUCUAGGAGGGAGCUGGCCCUGGAUGCAGCCCUGCGCCGCAGGGUCGCAGAACUGUGUGCCACUACUCAGGAGCCCCCCACCCUAAACGCUGUAUUCGGAACCCUGGCUUCAGAGCACAUACCAGACCUGCCUCCAGGUGGAGGGCUGGCUUGCAAGGCCACCGUCAUGGCUGAAGCCUACUCUGAGUUCCGCCAGGCCUCAAGAGAGCUGGGGAAGGUAAGGGCCUUGCGUAUUUGA